AUACACGUCCCGCGAGGGCCGCGUUUUGACCCCUCUCGCGCCCUGUAGCGGGGCGAUGCUCUGAUUGGCUGGGGAGGUGGCGGCGCAGGCGCAGUGGGGGCCGGCCGCCGUGAGGAGGGGUCGGUGGUCGGUGUCACAGCGCGAGGGCAGCGGCGCGGCCGGGGCACGAUGAGUGAAUCCCUCGUUGUUUGUGAUGUUGCUGAAGACCUGGUGGAGAAGUUGAGGAGAUUCCGGUUUCGCAGGGAAACCAACAAUGCUGCCAUUAUAAUGAAGAUUGACAAGGAUAAGCAGCUGGUGGUACUGGAUGAGGAGCAUGAGGGUAUUUCUCCUGAUGAACUAAAAGAUGAGCUACCUGAGCGACAACCUCGAUUCAUUGUGUAUAGCUACAAGUAUGAGCACGAGGAUGGAAGAGUUUCUUAUCCACUGUGUUUCAUCUUCUCCAGUCCUGUUGGGUGUAAGCCUGAGCAACAGAUGAUGUAUGCUGGAAGCAAGAAUAAACUUGUACAAACAGCUGAACUCACCAAGGUGUUUGAAAUAAGAAAUACAGAAGACCUAACUGAAGAAUGGCUGCGCGAGAAAUUGGGCUACUUCCACUAACAGAACCUCUGUAUUAAGUAUUUAUGUACCAUCCUGACAAUACUGGAACCAGACAUGAAUACUUAUGCCUAAAUGCACUGUAUUUACAACAGUUUCCUGCAGAACAUCUCUUGUGCAAAGUUUCUACAAGGAGGGGAAGGUUUGUCUCCUUGACUUAGCAAAACUUUGCAAAGUAUUUUCUUAUUUGUACCUUGAGGGAAUGCUUGUAUGCAGGGACUCUUUUGCACUCUCGUGAUUGAUAUCUAUUACUACUACCAUUCAGAAUUUGUAGCUAUUUACAGAUAUAACUCAGAAGCUGACACUAACUUUCUGAGCUGCAAAUACACCCUUUUGACAGAUAUUCUGUACUGUUUAUAUGUGAAAAUAGUACAUGACAACCUGUUUUGAUCUUAUGAAACUUUGACUUUAUGGCUUUUGAAUUUCCCAAACUAGUCUGUGGAAGUGUUUAAUACUAACUGAAUCUGAAUAUUUGUACUACAAAAAAAAGUAGCCUUUUUGUCCUAAUAACUUUUUUCAAGCUUUCAGGACUGACUCUGUAAUUCCAAUGACUAUCUCAGCUGCUUAUAAGUUAGUCUAACUAAAAUUCAGGGCAGAAUCAUGACUGACCAGGACUUAUAGAAAAUAGCCUAAUUUCGCCAAGACUAUAUAAACUCAAGGGCUCAAUUACACUACUGGUUACAUCCAUUCCAUGUGUCUCUCAUAGGCGACUUUGUCCAUAAAUUUACCUCUUAAUUCGCAUCCUUUUGUCAUACGAACACCUGUUAAUAGUGUGUGCCUUUACUUCGUUAGCUUGAAACUAACAAUUUUACACUGCCACUUACUCCAAAUUUGAAGACUGACUUUUGUUAAGGGGUCCAAGUAACAUGUUUCCUAGUGCCUCAUGGUGCGACUGACAUGUAAAAAAAUGAAACAAACCUUUGAAAUGUUCCUGUUCCCCUCCUCGUCCCUCAAAGAAAAAAAUUCCAAUUGACUGCCACCUCUAGCAAAGGCCUGGGAGUCCAGUGGUUCAGUUAUUUUUCAUUAUUUUUGUGAGUCAUUUGACUUCAAAAUGGUCUUAUUUUUGUGAGAGACUUUGGCCAUUUGUAACUACUGUGUUUUUUUUUGUUUUUUUUUUUUUUAAUGAAAGACAGUUUCCUGACUCUUAAUUGUUUGUCGAUCAACAUUACAUUCCAGCCUGAAUAACUCGAAUCAUUCUUCACUUAGUUAUGGUUCAUCUCCUUGGCAAAACAGCAAAAGAGUCUAAUAUAUAAAUUGUAUUUAACUUUUUAUAAUUGACAUCUUUUUAAGAGUCUUUUAUAUAUUAUAUAAAAAAGUAGAAUAGUUUGAACUGGGAUAUUCUGUUUGACCCAUGUAGUGGCAAAAAGGUAUUCGUGUAACCAUGUCUCACUUACAGCUUAUAUGGGUGUGUUUGUGCUUCUGAAUAAGUGUCUUCUGAAGUGCAGCUUCCAGUUGGGGAUAGCUGUUAUUUAAAGUACAGCUGCCCUAAUAAUCUGUGUCUAAUGAGGAGAAUCAGGACUCAAACUAGGAGGCCAGUAUUUCAUGCUGUGAAACCUUUGUGGAAGGAAUGCAUGUUUACUUGCAAAUACAACAUAGCAGUGUUUUUCAAGAAAUCUGCACAUAGCUCGUACACUUGUCUUCAGUGGCAGUAACUGUUUACUUCAACUUUUAUUGCUCCUUCAUAUAUUCACAAUAUGGAUUUGGGCUUUUUUCCUCCAAAACUAUUGUGUUUCUUAGAAGAUCUUGUAACUGGAGGAAGUGAGGGUGGGGUCUACAUGGCAGGUCUCUGCACAGCAGUAUAUCCUGAAUGCGGUUGACACUGAAAACAGUGUAGCUGUAUUAGUCUGGGCCCAGUGCCCAGAUUAAGGUAUCCAUAUGGUUUUCAGUUCCCAAGCUAUUUCUGGCAUCUGCAUAGCACUGCAUCAUGGCCUGUAGACAUGCCCUAAGAUUCCUGUUUUACCGUAUUGAACUGGAACAACCCAUUUUCUCAUUCUUGGACAGAGAACUUACUGACUAUAUAUUUUUUUAAAAAUUAAAAAUGUGAUUUUUCUUGCGUGCUAUGGGCCAGUAGAAUCGGCUCCUGUUGACAGACAUAUAGAUAAGACUUCUGAAAAUUAUGUCAAUAAAAGGGACCUCUUUGGGAAGAGUUUCUCUUUCACUGAAAUUAAUAUACCAAUUAAUUCAAGUGGUGAUGAGAAAUUAAUAUGGGAUGCUGCCAGUCUUCUGCACCGUUGCCCCCUGCCUGUAUCCCUGAACCACAAGCUUCUCCCUCAGUCUUCCCAGUCUUUCCUUCACUGUUCCACUAUGCCUCAUUCAGCUUUCUGGCCCUCCUGCUGGCUCAUCUUCUACCGUCUUCCACCUCAACCUCACCCCAGGAUCUUUUGCCCCUUUGCUUACCCUUGUACGCAUCCCCGAAUCAUGUGGGACUUUGUGAUCUGAAGAUGCUUGUGAUGUAUAGGAUGCAUGAAUCCCUAGAAGCACUGGUGGCUCUAGGGGCACUGAUGGCUCUAGGGGUGCUUCCUUGGUUUCUUUUCUUCACUCUCCAGUGAAAGAAGAGAAGCAACUGCAGUAGUUAGAGGCGCUCUAAACCAGUGGCUUUCUGCACUGUACAGGUUUUGUACACUAUUAACGCAUACUUCUGCUGGCUGUCGAAUGAUAAAGGCUACAAGGACAGUGUUCAGGACUGUCAUAACAACUCAGUGCAGGCAUUGCUAACCUCGAUGCAGUCCACACAACAGGUGUGACUUGUAAUGCUGCCAUGUUGUUAACUGCCUAAUCCUGUCUUUAGAACUGCUUUUUCUUUACAGCAAUUACAGCAAUCCCUUAAGAUCAUAAGGCGGUAAACCUUUCCCUGUAGUCGGAAAGCCAGUAAGUUCUGACUUUGCGUAUUAUAUCAGAUGGGCAAAUUUAACUACUAAUGAUGACUCUUGUCUGACCAAAAAACACGUUUACACCUAAAGAGUAUUCAGACGCUGAAGACAGAACAGUAUUUAAAUCAUCACAGGUGGAGGAGCCAUUGUAGUUCUAGGUUUCACUCAGUCAGCUUUUUCUGUUAUGGGCUUCUGUUACUGAGAAGUGAAUACCUGCCUUGGCAACAGCCCCUGACCAGAAACUUGACUGAAAGCUCUCCAGAACGGGGAGCCCCUUUUGCAACAUUAAAUUUGGCUGUUUUAUAUGUAAGGCAAGUGGGUGAGGGAUACCCGGUUGCAAUCCCAUUAAUCAAAAAAUGGCCAAAUUGAUUUAGCAUGAGAGUUUGCAUGUUGUUAGUUCAUAAAAUGGACUGAUGCUGUUGGAUUUUUGAAUAAAAAUGUUUAAAUGCUGAUAUUUGGUGGUUUACUAGUAAUUCCAGUACUGUGUAUGCCUCCCUUGAUAAACUAAAAUGGCAAUAAGGGUGGGAUUUACACCUUUCCGUGUAUCGCGCAAAGGAGUGUCUUGCACAUUCCCACUGAAAUCCUAUUUUUAUAUCUUAAAACUAACCAGCUUUAGUCCCAAAAAUCAUCCUAAAAUAAUGUUAAGGGUCUGAGUCAAAUGUGCAAGAGUAAAGUAAUUGCCUUCAAUCUUCACUCCACAAUUUCUGUGCACACUGAAAUGUGUGUUGAAACAUCCCGCUCGAGCUACUGCAGAAACAAGGUGUAAUGAGAGACGAGUGGAAAUUUUCAGCUGCUUUGGCCCGUUGCAACAAAAGAGAGGCUGCUGUGUGCUGCUUAAGCACAUGCCAAGAUAAGUUCCCAAUGCUGCAGAUAGAGGAGGGUAUCAAGGAGGCUUGAAAUACUGAUGGUCAAUGUUGUUAAUUUAGCAAUUCCAUGUAACUGUUAAUGUCCAUAACUGGUACAGUUUCCAUGCACUACUUAGUCUCUGCUAGUUCAUACUGCAUGUUUAUUUUUAAACCAAACCUUUUGCUAAGCAUGGUGCUUGUAUUGGUUUAAAUAAAAUGUUAAUACAUAAA